AUGCGGGGCAGCAUCCUCGGAAGCCUCUCGGGCGGCAUUGUCCUACUGUCUUCGCUGCUCCUGAGCGAUGUGACCAAUGCGACGCACACCACACCGCAGAUCCACACGCUCCCGCCCCUGCGUGAGCAGGCCGAGAUCGUGGACGGGUGGACAGCGGAUCGCCGGGCGCUGGUGCCGGAGAUGCUGCGCAAGUACGACAUUGACGCCUGGCUAAUCAGCCAGCGCGAGUAUGCCGAGGACACUACGUUUUGGGCGCUCAAGGACUUUGUGCAGUUCUCGGCGCGCCGGCGGACCACUGAGCUGUUCCUCGCGCGGCCGCUGCCCAAUGGCGAGAGCAACGAGACGAGUUACUCGUGGAUUGACAAUACGCCCCGUGUGUGGGAAGAGCUCAGAGACGUCCUCGCGGCCGCGGCCCCGCGCUCCAUCGCCCUCAACACGGCGUCGGAGCUGGCCUUCUCGGGCGGUCUGCACGCCGGGGAGCGAGAUGCCAUUGCCGCCGGGCUGGGCGACGAGUGGGCGGGCAAGUUCGUCCUCGAGCCCAUGCUGGGCAUCGAGCUCAUCGCCAGGAUGGUGCCCGACCGGCUGAGUUGGUACCGCAAGAUGAUGGAGACGGCGUGGGCCAUUAUCGAGGAGGGUUUCAGCAGCAAGGUGAUUGUGUCCAACGAGACGACCACUGAAGACGUGGUCUGGUGGAUGAGGGAGCGGAUCCAAAGCCUCAAUUACACGACUUGGUUCCAGCCCGGCGUAUUUGUGCUCACCGAAGACGAUCUCCCUGCUGAGCACGAGUCUCCUCUAGUCUCGCCCGACCACGUCAUCCGAUAUGGCGAUAUCAUCCACACCGACUUUGGUGUGACCGCCCUGGGCCUCAACACUGACACACAACACCUGGGAUACGUGCUGAACCCGGGCGAGACGGCCGAUGAUAUUCCCCAGGGCUUCCUUGACGGCUUGAAGAAGGUGAAUCGGCUACAGGACAUUACGCGCGAGAACAUGAAGAUUGGCUUGACCGGUAACGAGAUCCUGAAGAACAUUCUAGCGCAAGCACAUGCCGAGGGUAUUGAGGGCAAGAUCUAUUGCCAUGCCACUGGCGAAUUUGGUCACAGCGCCGGAACUGUGAUUGGUAAGUCGUAUUCCUAG